AUGAUGUCGCUUGAUCAGCUUGGAACGUUCCUGCAAUUGGGUGUCUACCAUUCGGAGCACGGCAUUGUUCUGCUAUCCGCCCUCGAGCAGUUUGACGGGGACCGCUUCUACGAUCCAGCCUAUGUCCGAUUAUACCGAACCAGACUCUUGAACCAAGUCAAAGAAAACAAACCUGGAUUUGGAUUACAAAUUCUUGGAGAAUCUGAGAAUGCGACAGUGAUCACAAAAAGUCGGCGAGGACUUGAGUUAUCUUACAAUACACGAGAAGGAGUCCACGUUCGCAGAACCAUUUCACGAGCGGAUGAUGGAAGAGUUACCCAAACUACGAUACUCUCAACUACGGAGGCCACACCCGUCACCGUUCCAGUCCAUUUUGAUUUGGGAAUGAGUCUCAACCGUGCUUCUUACGGUCAACUGACGGAGGGAGGGCCAAUCCCAAUCCCAGAAUCACUCAACCUAUUCCAAAUAGCGAAAGAUGGCAGUAGAUUCACGGUUUGUAACCCGAAUUUAGGGGCAACCGUCGAAGGACACUUCAGCACUGACUGUGUGGAACAUCUGGGCUUGGAUUUCGAUGACUCAAAUCAAGUUUUUCGUCGUCAAUGUAUCGAGUCCAAGGCGACUACUUUCAUCAAAGUUUUGCGAGGCGUUCCAGUUACGCUGACAUUGUCAAUUCUUCUCCGGACCGAUAAUCCCUUCAGUUCGCCCGAGAUUCGGACUGGGAAGAAUACGAUUCGCACACCUACUUGGAAGCUGCAGGACCCUGCGGCACUAAGUAUCAUCCAUGGUAAUUUGGAAUACGUGUUGGGCAACUGUGUUGUCCCAAUAUCCGAGACCAGCACUUGUGUCAUCACAGACCAUGUGGCUCUUCCACUGGGAUGGAACAGGGAUAAUUAG